ACUUCACCAAGAAAACCACUUCUUAAAAUCAAGUUUUUUUUAAUUAAAAAAAUGGCUUCCAACCAGGUUUGCUCCACUCUUGCUCUUUUCCUUACUUUUAACCUAAUUUUCUUCACAUUUGUUUCAGGUUGUGGAACUUGUCCUAAACCAAAACCACCACCAAAACCUAAGCCUUCUUGUCCUCCACCUCCAUAUGUUCCAAAAAAGGAAACUUGCCCAAUUGAUACAUUAAAAUUAGGUGUUUGUGCUAAUGUUCUUGGAUUGGUUAAUGUUGUUGUUGGUUCACCACCUGUGAAACCUUGUUGUAGUCUUAUUUCAGGACUUGCUGAUGUUGAAGCUGCUCUUUGUCUUUGUACUGCUAUUAAGGCUAAUGUUUUAGGCAUUAAUCUUAAUGUACCUGUCUCAUUGAGUUUGCUUCUUAAUGUUUGCUCCAAGAAAGUCCCUUCUGGCUUCCAAUGUCCUAAUUAAUUGUAUUAAAAGACACUCCAGUGCGUAAAGUAUUCCGCGCUUACUCAGGAGUCUGAUAAGAAUGAAAAAUUCAAAGUUUAUCUCAUUAUUUGUAUUUU